GCAAAAUGCCGACCAAGGCGGUUUUCCCCACCUUCUUCAACAAGGAGACGAAGAUCUGGAGCGGCCCGCCGCGGCCCACGAUGUAUGCCCAGGACACCUCCAUAGGCCAGAUCGUCUUCAACUCGCUGCGCUGCUGGCCCACCAAUGUGAUUCAGAUCACCGACGACGACGGCACCGUCCUGACCAACGCCGACAUGCUGGCCUACGCCACCCGGAUCGCCCUGUUCUUCAAGAGCGAGGGCCUGACCCAGGACGACCGCGUCGGCAUCAUCGCCAACUCCAGCACCUUCGUCAUCCCCGUGGCCACCGCCUGCUUCUUCCAGGCCACGCCCUUCCACGCCGUCAACUACUCGCGGGAGCCGGCCAUCGUCAAGGGCCUCUUCGAGGUGACCAAGCCAAAGAUCAUGUUCAUCGACGGCUCCGACUACGAGCGCAUCAAGGAGAUCACCCAGGGCUGGGCCCCCAAGCUGAUCACGCUCACCGGCAAGGUGGAGGGCGUGCCGAGCAUCGAGGACCUGGUAAAGCCCCAUCCCGCCGAGAAGAUCUACGUACCCGCUUCCUUGGCCACUGGUGGCGACCAGAUCGCCGUGGUCCUGUGCUCCUCCGGCACAGCCGGCCUGCCCAAGGCAGUGGCCCUCUCCCACCGCCACAUUGCAUCGACCAACUCACUUUGCAUCAGUACCGACGUGCUGUACACCAGUGCCACCAUUGACUGGAUGACCGGAUUCUCGAUUACCGUAAUGAAUCUCACCUGUGGCUUCACGCGCAUCAUUUCCAGCAAGCCCUUCAGCGCCGAGACAGCCCUCCACAUGGUCACCAAGUACAAGGUCACCUGCCUGGCCAUGGCCCCGUGGCAGGCCUACGAGCUCUACACCAGCCCCCUGGCCACUCCCGAGAAGCUGGCCUCCCUGAACAUAGCCUUUGUGAUCGGCGGAUGGAUAUCCCUGGCCCUGCUUCGCAAGGCCCAGGAACUGAUGCCCCGCACCUACGUGAUGUUUUCCUACGGAACCACGGAGACGGGAGUGGUGACCAUCAACGUCGAUCACAGUCUGGAGUGCUCGGUGGGCAGGCUGGCGCCUGGCAUGAGGAUCAAGGUCCUGGGCGAGGAUGGCCAGCAGCUGGGCCCGAACCAGACGGGCGAGGUGCUCAUCGACAUCGGGCUGAAGUGGGAGGGCUACCUGGCGAAUCCCGCGGACACGGCCGCCACUCUCCAGGAUGGCUGGAUCAACCUGGGCGACCUGGGCUACUUCGACGAGGACAACAACCUGUACCUGGUGGACCGCAAGAAGGACCUGCUGAAGUACAAGUCCAAGCACUACUGGCCCAACGAGAUCGAGCAGAUCAUCGCCGAGCUGCCGGAGGUGGAGCACGUGUGUGUGGUGGGCGUGCGGGAUGCGCGGUACGGCGAUGCCGCCGGAGCGCUGAUCAUCAAGAAGGAGGGCGCCGAGAUCGAGGAGCAGAAGGUCAUCGACCACGUGGCCCAGCGGGUGGUGGUGGACUACAAGCAGCUGAACGCCGGCGUCAUCUUCGUGGACAAGUUCCCCAAGAACGCGAAUGGAAAGGUCAUGCGCAGCCUGGCGCGCGACGUCUUCCAGGAAACCAAGCCAAUUAGCUUUUAAUACUAUUUUAAAAAUACUUUAAAUUUGCGUUACCUGUUAUUGGUUUAAAAAAGAUAAUUAAACUCUAAACUUUUAAUUAGA